AUGAUUGUCUCAAAUAACGUCCACUAUUUGCCAGAUGUCUCCGAUCUCCCCGACGCCGCCGUGGCACAGGGAGUUUUUCCGCCAAGAAGCCAGAUGAACCCCGUGGAACUCGUGCUGUCGCCAAUGAUAGUACCCUCUGUAUCGCCCGGAAAGACAUGCUUAGUAGACUAGGCAUGAUGUAGCUAUAGGAUUUCUCAGCUCGUCAUCCCUGGUGUGCCAUGCCUAGGUUUUUCCCCGUAAAAAUACAGUUCUACAAAAAGGGAAGACCUCUCGCAUGCUGCGAAAGCGACCCGGUUGUUCUAUUUUCCGGCGCAGUGGCUGACGAGAAAUAGCAAGAUUCAAGAGCACGGAUGGUUGGCCAACUUCCCUCCUCCAACAACAGGCGCGGCCUCAUCCUCAGCACCGGGCAACGAGGACAAAAAGAGCGACAGCAUGAUUGCCACGCAUAUAACAGCACACGAAAAUCCAUUUUCCCUGGACCAUUUCCACACCAAUCCUCAUCCUCUCGCGCUGCCGGAGUUGCUGGGUGCCAUUGGUGGAAUAGAGAGAGCAAUGGAGAACAAAACCCGGAGUUGUACAGCAGCUUCUAGUGAAGAUGCUGCCCGUAGUACUACUAGCAGUGGUACAACAACUUUGGGAGAUGACGGAGGUAGUUCCACCGGGGGCACCACGACACGGCAAGAAGUAGAAGCAACGUCAUCAACAACGCCGCCGCCACCGGCCGAGAGGGACGCUCAGGAUGUAGUUGACAGCGAGAUGAUCUCGUUUCAAAUUGUCGUGAACCAUGGGGCGCACUCGCUCAACCAGUUUGGGCUCGAAAACUGCGGCUUUCUCGACGGCGGUGCGAUAGGAGAAACUAUGCAGCGGCUGUAUGCGGUGGUGAAAGAAUACCUGUUUUUGAAGCCCGAUAGAAGAAGUACUAGUGCGGUUGCAGAGCAUCCGCUUCCACUUCCUCUCGUUGUUGACCAUCUUCACGAAGAAGAAGAUGAAUCGCGCCUGCAGCUUAAAAGAAAGAGAGUCCGCAUACGGUACCAGCAGGCCCCGCCGACGUUCUAUCAAAUGUAAAAGUGUCAUGGUCUGGGAGGAUACAACUUGUGACGCUACUUUUGGAAUCUACAACGUAGAAACUGUAUUGCAUGAACAGCAAAAGAGGUGUAAUUUGUGCUCCGCGGAGAGGGCAUUUCUCAUGCGGUAUGAGCAUCAGAAAGCCCUUGCAACACCUCUGAUGCUAGGGCAUGCAUCACAGGAGACCUCGUGGGUCAUGCAAAAUCUGCAUGACAAACUCCUGCAUUCUUCCAGACCCAGACAUUUUUCCAAUCCAUACGUUCUGGCGGACUACAAACGGGUGGUUUGACCUCAGUGUCGCGCAACGCUGGCAACAGUGGGUGCUCCCGGAGCACUACCCCUCGUUAUUCUUUAUGCACCGAAAAAAUAAUAUCACCAACCGGUGCGCGCCCCUGAAUCGCACGAGACGGGAUCCGCGGUGGUACGGCACGGAGGCGGAAUCGAUGGAACAAGCGCAGCAUGAAAUGCAAAUAUGUCUGGGUCUGGAAAGAAUGGGAUUUGUGAUGCUAUUGCCAAUCUUCUAUGCUACAAAACCCUGUGUUGCAUGAGCAGCAAAAGGUGCUUGAUUUUUUGUCACCCGCAGCGGGCAUUUCUCAUUCAGGAUCGGCAUGAGCAAGCCUUCGCGAGAGGUCGAGGUGUGGUGCUGGAGCAUGCAUCACAGGCAACACGGGUCAUGUGCUAUUGAUAUUGUGCAUGAGAAACUCCCCCAAUCUUCCAGACCCAGACAUACUUAUUUGCAUUUGAUACGCAGCAAAUGGGGCUGCUCCCGAUUCCGGGCAGACCCAACUCCGCGUACGUGCAGAAACCGCACUGCGCUCCCUUUUGCCACCUGCCGAACUUCCUGUGCGCGCUGCGCGAAAAACUCGUGUUUGGUGACACGUUUGGAUGGAACAGGACCGCAGGAACGGUUCAACAUGAAGAUGUCGAAAAAAAGAUGAACCCACUGAAGACGAGAGCGGCAAUCGACUCGAGUGUCGAGUUCGUCUCGGCGUACCAACACAUAGUCACGCAUCCUUCGCCGACCAUAUCGGGCACGGAUUGCACGCACCUCCGACCCGACGUGCUGCUUGCGUUGUUGAAAUUAAGUCUCCAUGAUUGAUUGAUUAACUUGAAGUCGACGACUUUCGUGAGGUCGCAGUUUUUAGUUGCAAUUGCAAC